GCGCCGAUUAAAUAUGGUUGAAAAUAAUCGAUUACAUCCUUAAAUCUCUAUGUGCAACACAAAAACACUAGUUAAUUGCGUUUAUAAAACAAAAAAUUAAUUUUGCUAUGAAGGUGUUUACAGAAACCUAAAAAAAAUAUGUCGGAUUUUGAUGAAGUCGGUGCUAAUGCCGAAAGUGAUUUGCCUGUUUUGCUCGCAAAUUUGAAAAAGGCAUGUGGACUUUGGUUCCAUAAUGGCUUUGCAGUUUCCGAGAAACUAGCUGGUGAAAAAACAAAUUCAUCCUAUGACAACAUAACAACAACCACGGUGGAGAUAUUGCGUCAUGGAUUGCGCUUAACUCCGGAAGAUGCUGUGAUGCCAAAGAAUUUCUCGCCCGCUGACUUGCCUAGAGAAAAAGAUUCCUUAUAUAAAUUAGAUGGCUUGAAAAAACUGAUGGAUGAUUUUGAGUGGGUUUGCCGAUCAGCACAGAUUCGUGAUUCCCUGCCAACGGAUUUCUCGGAACUAUCUGCUUUGUCAAAUAAAAAGCAUCAGCAAGAUUCAUUAUUUACUGUACAAGAUUAUAAAUGGUUUUUUGAUUCUUGGGUACGACGUAAUCUUAAGGCAAAUUGUUUGAGUGUUUGUCUUCAGUUGCUAGUAGCAGAAAACGAACUAUUGAAUGCAUAUUACAAAGAAAAUGCUUUCCUGCGAAAUGAAGUGUACUCAACAGCGCUUAUCAUUUGUUUGUCGGCUGUGGAAUUAAAUCAAUACAGCUUGUUGAGCCAAAUUGAAACACAGCUUUAUAGUGUUACAUCCUCCAUAGCUGCCGUUUCUGCCUUACCAGGUUUGAAACACAGACGUACUACAUCACACUCUGUAUUCUCUAUUUCGCCGCCUAAGCACACAAAGGUUUGCGAAACAGACGUAAUGAACGAGCCGCAAUUUAAUAUAGAAAAUAAAGACGACAUAACGACAACCCAAAAGGUAAUUAAAUUACAAAAUAUAGGUAUACAUAUGUUACAUAUGGGCAUAUCCACCAAAAGCGCAAAAUUAAAACUGGCAAAAGAACGUCAGCAAGUAGUGCUACAGUUGGGCACUAGUGACGCUGAACGUGCGUUGGCUGUAGGAAAAUUGGUAGAACAUGACAUUGCAGGUUUAGACAUAAAUAUGGGCUGUCCGAAAGAAUUCUCCAUAAAGGGUGGUAUGGGUGUGGCGCUACUUGGGCAACCAGAUAAAGCGGAGUACAUUUUGAAAACACUUUGUAAAAACCUCAGCAUUCCUGUGACCUGCAAAAUUAGAAUAUUACCGGAUUUGAAUGAUACAGUUAAACUCGUGCAGCGCUUUGCUGCUGCGGGCAUCGCUGCGAUAGCAGUGCAUGCUCGUACACGUGAUGAGCGGCCACAGCACGCACCACAUCCAGAAUUCAUACGCGAAAUCGCAAAGGCUGUUGAUAUACCAGUGAUUGCGAACGGCGGUUCAAGGGAGAUUCAAAAAUAUAAGGAUAUAUUAAGCUUUCGUGAUUUAUGCGGUGCAACUAGCGUUAUGGUUGCAAGAGCAGCGCAGUUGAACGUUUCCAUAUUUCGGAAAGAAGGCAUGCUGCCAAUGAAUGAUAUUAUUGUGAAGUAUUUGAAACUAAGUGUCGACUAUGACA